AUGUAUGACUAUCUAUGGCAUAUUCAUAUUGAUGGUAAUAAAAUGUUGUUAUCAAUGUUCAAGGAUUUAUGUCAAAAUGUAUUAAAACUAUUAGGAAAUCGAAUUGUUUCAUUAAGUAUUACUUUUACUAAUAUUAUUGGUGGAUGGUCACUUAUUUCAUCAUCUUUAAAAUACUAUAAAACAAUGUCCCUUCGACGUCUUCAUCUGAUUGAUAUUCAACCAUAUGAAUUUGAUAAAUUAUUGAAUAAUUGUGUAAUAAAACAAAUACAUACUUUACUAAUCAAUGUGUCAGAAUCUAAUCCAUUUACCAACCAAGUGUGUUCAUGUUUUCCCGGUUUAACAAACUGUCGACUUCCAUUUAAUUUUCGUCCUAGACACCGUAAACAAUUAGCAAAAUUUUCAGUAUCACCUUUGAUGACUUUACCAAAUUCAUCAAAUCCAAAUCAUCUUCAUUCAUUGGUGCUAGGUAUAAAUACAUCAAACUUUCUACAACAUUUAUUAGAAUGUAUACCUUUUAUUAAAAAUCUUUCUUUUGGUAUACAAGAUGAAGAAAUAAACGAUGAGAAGAAUUUUGAUAUUCACAAAUUACCUGCUCCUGUCGAUGCUCGUCUUCUACGUCAUUUAUCUCGUCUUAAAUUGAACUGUAUCAAUACGAUAAGUUUUCAUAAAACUAGCGCACUUUUGUUAUCCGUAUUUGGUCAACUCGCACAUCUAUCACUAAUAUUAAAAGCUGAUUCGUUAGUGUCUGAUCCACUGAUCAUAUCCGGUGACACUAUUCAACAAUUAUGUAUUGAUCGUCUCAAUUUAUUGGCAACUUUUACUCUGAAUUUAAAACUCACUAUUAACAAUGACAUGAAAGAUAAAGUAAUUUUCAAUUCAUUUGUUAAGGCUCCAUUUACUAAUCGACAACAACCAAAAGUAUUUAUUCAAAAUUAUUUUUCUGUGAAUAAUAGUUAUGAUACCUAUUGUUUUGACGUGUAUACUUUGCCCUGCAGUGAUACUGAAUUAG